AUGUUGGCCCUCCUCUUAUCGGCUUGUUUGGCAAGUACGUUUGUCCUUGCCGACGGCCAACUUGCACAGAAUCCUAUCAUACCCGGCUGGAAUCCUGAUCCCGCCCCGAUCCGCGUCAACGAUACUUACUACCUGGCCACCUCGUCGUUCGAAUUUUUUCCAGGCGUUCCAUUAUACACGUCCAAGGAUUUGGUCAACUGGGAGUUGUUCACGAAUGUGCUGUCUCGACCGGAACAGCUGCAACUCUAUGGCACUCCGACCACCGGAGGUGCUUGGGCGCCGUCGCUCUCGUAUAGCAGCGGAACUUUCUACCUUACAAGCAUGACACGCUGGACAUACGACCCUGUCGCCCACGUCUGGCCUCGUGUCUCUUGGGUGACAUCCACCGACCUCAUUACUUGGUCUGAUCCUAUCUGGGGCGAACCUUGGGGAAUCGAUCCGCAGAUCUUCUCUGAUCCUGUGACUGGCAAAAACUACCUGAAUCUCAUGGCGCCCAACAACAACGAAGAUCGUCUGUGGGGAAUAUGGCAGUGCGAGGUCGAUGUCGCAUCCGGACUUUGUAUUGGAGAGUACCGUAGCCUCUGGAAUGGUACCUUGCCUGUGACCCCGGAUGCCAGGCCUGAAGGGCCGAAGAUGUUUCUGAAGAAUGGUACUUAUCAUUUGCUGAUUGCCGAAGGUGGUACCGAUCUCUUACACCGCGCCUCAAUCGCAAGGUCGCAAUCUCCCGAAGGGCCUUGGGAAUCCGCACCUAACAACCCAAUCCUGUAUAACGGCGCUCCUGACAACGGGAACCUGACCAUUCAGUCAACAGGCCAUGGCACAAUGAUUGAUACCCCUGAUGGCGACUGGUACAUUGUUUACCUCGCCCGUCGCAACGUCAAUGGCUCCUCUCCUCUCGGACGUGAGACUUUCAUUUCCAAUGUCGAAUGGCAAGACAACGGAUGGCCUGUGAUCAACUACGGCAGACCGGUUCUCCUGAGCGAGCCCGUCGAAGGUCUCCCAACAAAGAUCAGGCCAUCUUCGAAGACCUACGACUUCAGCACCACCGAUCUCGCCGCACAAGGGUGGUACACCCUCCGCACGCUCUACACCCCCAUUUACUCCGUCGCCAGAAUGAGCGAUCUCACCGCCUACUCCCCAUCAUCCAGCGGGGCUCUUCUGCUCCAUCCAAAUGUCUUCACCCUCAGCGACCGCGAUGUCCCCGCCGCCAUCUUGCGUAAACAGACCUCGCUCAACAUGUCUUUCACCGCCACGACACUCCCGAUCCCGGAGAAUCUGCCCCGUGGAGCGGCGCUUGGUAUCAGUGCCUACCUUAGCGAACUCGUACAUCACGAUAUCGGGAUCGGCUAUUGCCGCAACACCACCACUAAUGCAUCCUCCAGUAUGUGUGUCUACACCUGUCUCGCGCGAAAUGGCACGGAAGAAUACAAUGAACAUCCCUUCGAGCCCCCAGCAACAGCAAUGAGGAGCGUCGACCUCGUCAUCCGCGCCGAACCCCUGCAGUACAAACUCGGGUUCCGCUACCCAGAUGUCGAUGGACAGAACAGUGGCGACAUCAAAUGGCUGACCGAGUUCCCGUCGUCCUGGAUGGCGUGGGCGCCGGAGGGAUGGUUCGUGUUCUCGGGCGCGAUGUUUGCGCUUUUUGCGAGCUCGCAGGGCCGGCCUUGGGGAGCGGGGAGUGGCGAUGUAGGCUUUAGUACGGUGGAGGAGGAGUUUUACGAGGAGCGCUUGGGUGAUUACGAUGAGGACGGUCGUUGA